AUGUCCUCGUUUUUUCUAAACAACCAAACAGUAAAGAUGAUGACGCCUUUGGGAAGAGCUAGAGCUCUAAAUUUUCAGGGCAAAGUUUAUGAUAAAUUUCCAAAAACUUACAAUAUCUACGCUAUUGCAAUAACAGCCACCGUUUCUGGACUGAUGUUCGGUUUUGAUAUUUCUUCUGUGUCCUCGUUCGUAAGUCAGGAUCAUUACAGAAACUACUUCAACCGUCCCGACAGUUUGACGCAAGGGGGUAUCACCGCAAGUAUGGCUGGAGGUUCUUUCUUGGGUUCGUUAUUUUCUUCUGACUUCCAGGAUAUCUUUGGAAGAAGAGUUGCUCUGCAUAUGUGCAGUGUCCUCUGGAUUAUCGGGGCCAUUCUUCAAUGCGCUGCACAAAACCAAGGUAUGCUGAUCGCAGGGAGAUUGAUUUCCGGUAUCGGUGUCGGGUUUGGUUCAGCUUCAGCUCCAGUCUAUUGUUCUGAAGUUGCUCCAGCAAAGAUUAGAGGAAUGAUUGGAGGAUUAUUUCAAUUUUCUGUCACUGUGGGUAUCAUGAUAAUGUUUUAUAUCGGAUAUGGAUGUCACUACAUUGACGGCGUUGCAUCAUUUAGACUGGCCUGGGGUUUGCAAAUGGUUCCAGGUCUUAUUCUUUUGGUCGGUGUAUUCUUCCUUCCUGAGUCUCCAAGAUGGCUGGCUAACCACAACCGCUGGGAAGACGCAGUUGAGGUUAUUGCUAAUGUUGUUGCAAAAGGUGACAGAGAAAACGCCGAUGUGCGUCUGCAAUUGGAUGAAGUUCAGGAGCAACUAUUGAUUGACAAAGAUGCUUCUGAUUUUGGUUACCUUGAUUUGUUUAAGAAAGAUUGUAUCAAACGUACCUUCAUUGGAGUGUCAGCUCAAGUGUGGCAACAACUUUGUGGUAUUAAUGUUGCAAUGUACUACGUUGUGUAUCUCUUCCAAAUGGCUGGUUUUACUGGAAAUGUGGCGUUGGUAUCGUCCUCAAUUCAAUAUGUUUUGAAUGUUGUUAUGACUGUUCCAGCUUUGUUUCUAAUGGACCGUAUAGGCAGACGACCCCUACUAAUUGGUGGUGGUAUUUUCAUGUGUAUUUGGCUGUUUGGAGUGGCAGGAUUAUUAGGCACUUACUCUGAACCAAUUGAAAAUUUCAGCGGUGAUGAUACUGUCAGAAUUACUAUUCCUGACCAGCACAAGGCUGCAGCAAGGGGUGUUAUUGCCUGUUCCUAUCUAUUCGUGUGCUCCUUUGCUCCAACCUGGGGUAUCUGCAUUUGGGUUUAUGCCUCUGAAAUUUUCAACAACAGACAAAGAGCAAAGGGAGCAGCAUUUGCUGCCUCCGCUAACUGGAUUUUCAACUUUGCCUUGGCUAUGUUCGUGCCAUCAGCCUUUAGAAACAUUACAUGGAAGACUUACAUCAUUUUUGGAGUAUUUUCGUUCUGCUUAACAAUCCAUGUUUUCUUACAAUUCCCAGAAACCAGAGGUAAGACUUUGGAAGAAAUUGAUCAAAUGUUUAAGGACAAUAUUCCAGCUUGGAGAAGUGCUUCGUACGUUCCAGAUAUGCCAAUUUUCAACAAAGAGAAGGUAGUAUCUACUGAGCAUGCAGAAAAUGCUUCCAGCUCGUCCGAAAAAGCCUUGAUGGUUCAGGAAGAGGAAUCUGUAUAA